CUGAAUUGUUUGCUCCGCAGAGAUGGCUGGCUCCAAUGAAUGAUCGUCGUAACGCCACAGUCGGCAUUCUUAUUGUUGCAGUAGUUCUUGGAAUUAUUAUUUAUGCCAUCGUUCAAAGUAGUGUCGACCACGAGAAGGAAGAAAAGAGGAAGCUGAGGCCGCAGUACUCCGUCACGAGCGCCGCGUCGUCGCCGGAAGCCACCGUCGCCGGAAACCUCUUGACAGCGGACUUCAGAUUCACCCUCAAGGCCCACAACCCGAACAGGAAAAAGACCAUUUUCUAUGGCAACUCAACCCAGGUGACCCUUUACUGUCGGAGGAUCCGCCGAUCACGUCUGAUCACGUCGUCUUCGCUCCCUUUGGUCGGCCCUUCCACGCUCCCUCCCGGGAGUGACUCCACCGGCAUCGCCUUCAAUCUCCCCGUGCAAAACUGGCCCCUCCCAGAGGACACAACAUCCUGCCGCAUGUUCUUAACCAUGACGUUUCGCGCUGGGUUUAAUCAGGAGGAGGAGGAGGAAUCGAAGCGUCCCCGGAUAGAGGUCCGAUGCUCCCCUCUCACCUUCAAUUUUCAAACAAAGAACUUCACGGGGGACUACGGCACAUGUUCUACUUAAUUCAAAUACAAUCAACCAACCCCAGAUACGUACCUAUCGUCGAUAUACUAUCUCUUCAAUUUCUUAAAACAAUUCCUCUUAUUUACCCUAAAAAUCUAUUCAUCACAUCUUAUUGUUAUCCAUCAUAUCAUUCACAGAAUUGAAAAGUCAGCUACAUAUAUAAUGAAUGCAUCAUGUUUGA